GCAAAGCACCGUCGCCGGAGAAUUCCUCUCGCGAAUUUCCGACGAGCGAGGCCACCGGCGGCGGCGGCGAUGGCAUCGGAGAAGCGGUGCCACUACGAGGUGCUCGGCCUGUCGCGCGACUGCACCGCCGACGAAAUCCGCGCCGCCUACAGGAAGCUCGCCCUCCAGCGCCACCCGGACAAGCUCGUCCAGUCCGGCGGCCUGUCUCCGGAGGACGCCACCGCUCAGUUCCAGGAGCUCGCCCACGCCUACGAGGUCCUCUCCGAUCCCAAGGAGCGCGCCUGGUACGACUCCCACCGCUCCCAAAUCCUGUUCUCCGAUCGCGGCGGCGGCUCGGCGGCGAGCUCGCCGGUGCCGGACCUGUUCGCGUAUUUCUCGAACACCGUGUUCUCGGGAUAUUCCGAUUCGGGGAAGGGGUUUUACAAGGUGUACGCGGAUGUGCUCGAUAGGAUUUACGCGAACGAGAUCGGUUUCGCGAGGAAGAUGGGGUUGGGGCUCGAUUCGGUGAGGGAGGCGCCGCUCAUGGGCAAUCUGGAGAGUCCCUACGCGCAGGUGACGGCGUUUUACAAUUACUGGCUGGGUUUCUGCACGGUGAUGGAUUUCAUGUGGGCGGACAUGUACGAUGCCGCGGCGGGCGUGAACCGGAAGUCGAGGAGGGUGAUGGAGGAGGAGAACAAGAAGCUCAGGAAGAAGGCGAGGAGGGAGUUUAACGAGACGGUGAGGGGGUUGGCGGAGUUUGUGAAGAAGAGGGACAAGAGGGUGGUUGAUAUGAUGGUGAAGAGGAAUGUGGAGAAUGAGAAGAGGAGGGAGGAGGAGAGGGCGAGGAAGAAGCGGCUGGAGAGGGAGAGGAUGGAGAGGGCGAAGGCGUACGAGGAGCCGGAGUGGGCGAGGGCCGAGGAGGAGGAAGCGGACGAGGAAGGAGGGUCUUCGGGGGAAGAGGAAGAUGAGGAGAGGAAGGAGGAGAAAGAGCUCUAUUGCGUCGCAUGCGGAAAGAAGUUUAAGAGCGAGAAGCAGUGGGAGAAUCACGAGAAGUCGAAAAAGCAUAAGGAGAAGGUCGCCGCAUUGAAGGAGUCAUUUGUCGAGGAGGAGGAUGAGGAGGAGGAGGAGGAGGAGAACGAGGAUGCUGAGGCGACGGGAGUUGAGGAAGACAGGGCAGAGGAGAUAGGAGAGAGGAUGAGGGAUGAUUUGGAAAUCAAGGAGGACGAGAAGGAACAGAUUGAGGACGGGGGCGAGAUGAGCGAGGAAGAAAGGUUCUUCGAUGUUGAUGAAAGCAACAAGGAAGUAGGGACUAAGGAGAUGGAAGGACCUUCUCACAAUGACGAUGAAGAUGACAAACUCAAUGAAAUGAGUGUUCUUGAGGCAAUGUUGUCCGGGCGCAAGAACAGAAGGAAAAUGGCUGCAAUGCAGGAGCUUAGAGCAUCUUCCAAAGUCGAUGCACAAAACGGCGAAGAAGAAUUCAUGGAGUAUGAUAGCAGGAAAAGCACCAGAAAGAAUCGAGGGGCUAAGAAAGAGAGGUCCAGAAAGAACAACGGAGAAGAUGCAGACACUGGCAAUAGCAAAGCUAAUGAUCAGAGUGGUGAUAGAACAAACGGAGACGAUGAUGCAGUCGUGGAUGGCUCGGCUUGCAAGUUCCCUCAAAAAGACGAAAGCGAAGCUAUAGGAGGCAAUGAAGUGGCGAAAAAUCAAGCUCUAAACCAGUCUUCCGACAGAAAGAGGACGGGAAAGAAAGAUCCGAUCACUAAAUCAAAUAAUGCACCUAAAGGGAGGAAAUCCAAGGCAUCAGCGAAGAAUUCUGACAAUCUUUGUGAGACCUGUGGACAGGAAUUUGAUUCCAGGAACAAAUUGCAUAAGCAUUUGGGAGAGACGGGCCACGCUUCGCUGAAAUACCGAAGAUGAAAUACCCGAUUCAGUUUUGCUUCAUCGAACCAUCCCUAAGUUAGGGACAAUGCAUUUACAGGGCUGUAUUUCGGUGCCCAUUAUUUUGUUCUUUUCAUUGUUUCAAUUGAAGAGGGCAAUAAGCAUUUGAAGGCAGCAUGGGAUCCUAUUUUUAUGCUGAUUCAAGGCUGGACAUCAUCUCAUAUGCAUGCGGGACUAGUUGAUUGAAGUCCACGGCCUAAAUGAUCAAAUGCUCCGAAGGAGCAAAUGUAUUUCAUCUUGUUGGUGUCUGAAAACUUUUUUGGUCGGUGUCUUAGUCUUUUUGACUGUAACUGUGACAAUACUAUGAGCCUUUCUGUAUGGUUAAAGGAGAGCUAUAUACAUCACGUUAACUGUGACAA